AUGGAACCCUCAUUUUUCAACUUCCAAAACUCCGGCUUCUCCUCCUCGGAAUCCUCAGACUUCGGAUCCCCGGACCAAUUCUCCAGCCAAUCCUCCGACCAAACCCCGCCGCCGCUACCCUUCAACGAAAACGACUCGGAUGAAAUGCUCCUUUUUGGCCUCAUCUCCGCCGCAGCCAGCUGCUGCAGCAGCAGAGCCACGGAGGCAAUGAUCAAAGAAGAGGAAGUCAGCUCAGCCGCCUGCGAGGCAUCACCGCCCCCGCCGCCGAAGAAAGAGAAGUCGUUCCGCGGGGUGAGGCGGCGGCCGUGGGGGAAAUUCGCGGCGGAGAUAAGGGAUUCUACUCGACAUGGAGUCAGAGUUUGGCUGGGGACAUUCGACAGCGCGGAGGCUGCGGCGCUGGCGUAUGACCAGGCGGCAUUUUCGAUGCGGGGAGCCGGGGCGAUACUCAAUUUCCCGGUGGAAAAGGUGGCGGAGUCGCUGGAGGACAUCGAUUGCAACCUCCGGACGGCGGUGGCGGAGGAAGGGUGCUCGCCGGUGAUUGCCCUAAAGAGAAAGCACUCGUUGCGGCGGAAAAUGAUCGGAAAAGGGAAGAAAGAUAGAGCUCCUCGUCAUCAUUUGAAUAUGGUGGUGCUGGAGGAUUUGGGCGCCGAUUACUUGGAGGAGCUGUUGAUGACUACUUCCGAUUAUACGGCAACCAGUAAUCCUAAUUGGUAA